UUAAAAAAUAUUAAAGUAAAUAAAAAUGACUGUAGUCUUAUUUUAUAUAUGUGUAUAUACCCAGACAGCACAAGAUAUCUUAUGGAUAUCCGUUUUAUGUCCAUUUCUUGUCCUAAUGUCCAUGGACCUUAUAAGGAUAUCCAUAGGAUAUACAUUUGUGGACAUUGAAGGGAUAUCCUAAAAUGGACCACUUUGUAUGUCCAUAUGCUAUCCUUAUUUGUACUCGCUCCGCCAACACCAUCUGCAUGCACAAGUGAAUUAAAAAACAAUAUGGCCGUAGUAGUGGUUAGGUUUUCGUUGGUUAUCGGUAUGUUUUACACAGUCAGUUGACGAGUCACAAUCAUUUGUUGCCUAGAUGAGAGCACUUGCAUGCUGCAGUCAUUGUCUGCAAUAUAAAGAAUAUUUGUUCCACAGUAGUCGUUAAACAAUGGAUACACACUAUAUAUAUGUGUGUGAUAAUUUCAAAAUACUUUAAGCUGAUUGUUUAAUUAAUAUUAUAAGUAUGAUACUUAUUUAAUUAAAAUUGUUUAAUGUAUAAUCUAUCGAAAGAAUAAUAUAAUUUCUAAAAUAAAUAUUUAUAUUUAUAUAUUUUAUUCUGUUUUUACCCUUUUAUUUAAUGUAAAAUUUAAUUUUGAAUACCGCUUUUUAUCACGUUCAUAGGACGUCCAUAGAACGUUCAUAGGACGUCCAUCGGACAUAUUUUACGGAUAUAGCAUGUCCACCAGUUUCAUAAACCAAUAUCCCAUGGACGUCCAUAAAAUGUCUAACGUAAAACGGAUGUCCUGUGGAUAUCCUCAAUAUCCGUUAAGGACGUCUUAUGGAUGUCGUAUGGAUAUCCGUGUGCUGUCUGGGUAUAUGUGUAUAUAUAUAUUGUGACGUGGUAGCUUAGCUGUCACGGGUAGCAGCGUCCCUCCCCCGUCACAGGCUGCGGGUUCGCGCCGUACGGGGAAAAUAGGCGAGAGGCGAGAGGGGAUCUCCAGGGGGAACCGCGACGGGCCUAGCGAGCGUAUUAUUAAUGUUACAUAUUUUUGGUUUCUUUGCGCGGCGACCGCCUCUCGAUGGAAUUCGGCGAGAGAGCGAGAGAGGAAGAGAGAGAGCGACGGCGAUGCGGGGAAGGAGGAAGGACGCCACCGGUGCCCGGGAGAGACGAGCACGCGGCUCGCACGGGAACUCGGCGUGGCCCGGGAGAACCACGGCCGGAGCCUAAAGCGGCGGGGCCCGCCAACACCACGACGAAACAUCUCGGAGGGCUGUGGAGGAGCCCGGAUGGGACCAAACGCAUCGGGGGAGGCGUCGAGUCCUCUCGCGGGGAGCGGAGGUCACCGCGUGCGCUGCCCCGGCUCGGACAGUGGCCCAAUGGGAGAAGGAAAAUUUCGCGGGGGCCUGCGAGGCCCCCGGAAGGAUUACGGCGCGCAAGUCCCUGCGAUCGCAGGACUGCAUGCCUUGCAGCAAUGGGGUCGCGACGCGGAAACAAUGCGCAUGACCGAACGGGGGGUCGCGGCGUCGAUCCGGGAUCGACCGCGAUCCACCCCGCUUUUGCGUGCAAGCGGUCUAGGCGUAAGGUCGCGUGUCGUGCCUCGAAAGGCGAAUUAUCGGAGUGGCUUGUGCGAGGCCUCAGCGAGAGCGAAGGGACGAGCCUGGAGACGAGGGAGGACAUCGCCUUAAACUUUGUCGGUGAGGUGGCCUGCCAGGAUAAUUUCGUGUGAGCGGUUGCCGGCUAGCGGGGCGUCCCCGCGUCCGUUCUGCGUCCGUUUUCAUGUUGGUGCGUGAUUCGCGUGGGCCGCGGGGCGGUCAUACGUUCGCGUGAUUAAUUGGGGAUUUGUCGGAUGCAAGCGGGCGGGACGCCAACGCGCCGAGCCACGGGGAAGACGGUCGUAGAGACGCUCGGGUUCCGUCGGAGAUUCCCCUCGACCGUGUGCGCCGCAAAGCCCUCGCUCGAGCGAGUAGCGUGUCGCGAGUAGCGGGUGGACGGGACUUCCGGUUUCGCGACGGGGUAGGGUGCGGCAGCGGCCGGCGCUUACUCUGUGACCCCCGUGAGCCACGCGGUCGUGUUCUAUAGUUGCCGGGAGUGUCGGCACGUUCGAGCGCCCGAAAUUCAUUGUGCGCGGAAGAUUCCAUCGCCCGUCCUUGUCGGCCGUGUGCCUACCGCGGGAGCUACCCGCGUAUCGUUUGCGUUUCUUUUUGGUUUAAUUCGCGCCGUGGCGCCGCAUUGUCGGAACGCCGCAUGCCACGUCCCGUGAUAUUAUUGUUGCUGUCUGGCAUUUAUUUUAAUAAAGUUCGUUAUUUGUUAAGCUCGGAGUCUAAUUAUCUGGUGUGUUGUCCGCCCUUUCGUGCUACAGCAGUCGCCUGCUCCCUUACAAUUCACCCCGCCCCUCUACCGUUAGGCAGAGCUGGUCGAGAUUGUCGCGCAAGGAUCGAGGACACUUUGGCGUAGCAAAAUUUCGCGAAUUGACGCGUCGUCGAGCGCGUCUGGCGCCCAACAAUUUCUCGCGAUAGCGUGUGGCCGAGAUUCGAGCGCGACAAACGCGAAAAGGGGGUAUCGGUUACCCUAUCGGUCUUGCUGCUUUUGCUCGCGGCUUUUCCGGUCAGGAAAAGUCGUGACAAAAUUUGGCGCCCAACGUGGGGCCCUCAAGUUAGGGGGGCAAGGCGGUUAUCGCGCACUAUCGGGUCGAGCGCUUGGCGCGGGGAAAAGGAGGGGGGCUCCGAGUUAUAUAUUUUUUUUUGGUCUCCCCUUUUUCCGCCGACACAUUCGAGCCUUUCUUUUGGUAAUAUUUUGCCUAUAUUGUGUUUGAUAUUUUGUGAAUUAUAUUGACUUGACGUUAUUGAAAAUUUAUAUUGGUUGUCGGGCUUACGUCGGGAGACGAGAGAGGAAUAAGGGGCGAGGGCAAUUCCCUAAGUAAAAUAAACGAGCCAAGAGAGGCUCUGUGGAAUUUUUUUUGUCGGUACGGGCGAAGUUUUUUUUUCUUCUUUUCUUGUGAGCUAAAAUACGAGAGUACGAGUGAAUUUCGGGCCGCGCAAGGAUUUGCGAGAGGAAGAAAACAACGAUUGGAAUUUUGAAGCGCGCUCGAGUUCGUACCGUUUGCUGAAUGGCUCAAGGAAGAUUUUGGUGAUCUUGAGAUUUUGUUGACGAGUGAGUAAGGUCGCUAUACCCGAGCCUAUUGUGAUAAAGAAAGAAAACAACCGAAGGAAUGCCCCGAGAUCGCUAUAAACACGAAGUAUUGUUCGCACUUAUUUCUCGUCUCGCGGCGUACGCUCCUAUGAUAUUAUGAAUAUUACUUGCGAUUGAUAUAUGAUCUGAUUUUUUUUUUUGAUGACUUCUGUUAUUUACUAUAUUGUGUUUUGAUAUUGAUAUUUUUUUUGUGUGUGAUAUAUUGCCAUUUCUUGUAUCUGUCGGCGAAUGCCGAGGGAGGAGGAGAAAAUAAGUGGCGAUAGAGCGUGCCGGAAGAUUAGCGAGAAACGUCUAAAAAGUUUCUAUUUCUCUCUCGUAUUGUAUUAUCGAGCCUUUGAAGGGAGCACGGGAUACGAGCCGUGGGACUUCUUCCCACGACGAAUUAAACACCGGAAAGUAAAGUUGAGUAUCGGAAGGCCAAUUGACAACGGCCCGUGUAGAGAGCAAGCCAUUCCACGAGUCAAUCACGUCGUGUUCCUACUUAUUAGUUUUUUUUUCUGAAUUGCUCGAACGUAAAUACUCUCCGGCCGAAAGGCCGCUAGGAAAACUUUGGAAGGAGAGGUCGUAACGUUAAUCUUAGAUUUACAUUACCAAGGACGGAGAUGUUGUGAUUUCCGAAAAGAGUGUUGUUACGAGCACGCAGAGAAUUGGAAAAGAAUCGCCGUAAAUACGAAGUAUUGUUCGAACUUAUUUCUCGUCCCUCGUGUACGCUACUGUAUCUGAUUUAUUUGAGUUACUGAAUUCAGUGAUUUACUUGAUUAAUAUUUGAAUUGUGUGCCUUAUUAUCUUUGUGUGAAUUAUGCCAUUUAGAUGAGAUAUUUGAUUUAUCGAUUUCUUUUUUUCUUUUUCGUGAUUUAUCGAUUUACGAGACCGUUCGGAUUGCUUUACGAUUAAUUAAUGUUUUUUUUUUCUUUCUUUUUCUUUGCCUUCCGAUCGUGUGAAUCCUUACUAUUUUUUUCUUUUUCGUGGCCUUUUACCGGCUGUUCGGUAUUAGCGGGUGAUUUUUGGAUCGAUAAAUUAAUACUCGAUUUUAGUGUGCAAAUAUUCCCUCCGCGGGAGCCUGGCUCAAGAGGAAAUAUUUUUUUUUGGUCGUCCUGUUAUUAUUGUCGGUCACUUCUAGUAAGGAGAGACUGUUUUGCGACUGACCUUUCAGAGCGAGGUAUCUGAAAAUUUUUGUUCUUUUCCUUUCUUUCUCGGAAUAACUUCGGAUCUCUAUCGUGUGACGUAGUGUAGUUUCGCGGGACGACCAAUUGAUUUCGUGAACGGGGUGAAUAUUUGCACACGCGUACCUAUUCUUUUUGUGCCGGUGGAAACAUCGUCAUUAUAACUGACCUUUGAUAUUGAUUUCCAAUAUUUUUGUAUUGUGCUGUUUUUUUUUUGUGUAUGAGUUAUUGUCGUAAUUCAACGGGAUACUUUCGUGCGGGAGUCGCGUUUGCCACUGGCGAUUUGGUCCUUUUCACGUAAUCCACGACGAGUGUACCUUCGCGUUCGCGACCGGUGUCGGGUUGUGCGGGCACUGGGCACCGCGGCCCGAAAUAAUAGGGACGCGUUCAGCGUCCCCGGGGAGACCGCAUGAACCGACGGGAGGGAGACAACUCGUGGAUCUUCACCGCCGACCGCGAACAGCUGAUCGCGGAAUUGGAGCGGCGCCGGUUAUCUACAGACGGAUCGGACUCCGUAUUAGCGCUUCAAUUACUACGCCGAGGACGGGCCGCGUUCACGGGCGAGUCUGCGGAGGGGGCCGAGAGCCGUGAGAUGUCGGACUCGGACCAUCUAGUCCUACCCGAGGGGGAGGGGGACCGACCGGAUAGCCCAUAUGAAGUUGCGAGGGGGCCGAUCGGCCACGUUCACGCGAGGCCUUCGAGAGAAAGCGGGGGACAUUACUCCCAGGAUUUGGGGGGCGGCUCCGCGGGUAACGCAUACAAUAUUAUGCGAAAAUGGAACUUGAAGUUUUCGGGAACGCGCGGAGAGGACGCCGAGACGUUCUUAAUACGGAUCGAAGAGGGGCGCGAGCUCAUUCCGGUGGAAGAUGCGGAUAUUUUGCGUUGUCUGCCGUUCUUUUUGUCGGGGAUCGCGCUGCACUGGUUCCGGGGUAAGAAGGCGCGCUUGACGACCUGGGCGGCGUUUAAGGCCGCGUGGCGGGUGCGCUUUGGAGAUCUGGAUUUCCAAUUCGCGCUACGGGACGAGAUAAUGCACCGUACCCAGGGGGAGCGGGAGUCCGUCGUCGACUAUUUAACGUGUUUGGGCUCGCUGUUCGACCGUUUGACGCCGUCGUGGAGCGAAGCCGAGAAAAUCGGUUACGCACACCGCCACAUGCUACCGCGGUUGCAGGCGAUGGUGCCGCGGGAAGCCGUAACGGAUUUGGACGCAUUAGACCCAGAUAGCCAAGCCUGCAGGAACAGAUUUUGAGCAGAGCAUGCUAUCAAUUUUUGACGACAGAAUGGCAACAAAUUUUAUACAGAGUCUGUAAUAUCCAACGAUGUCGGCAAACUGCUGUCAGAAAUCAAGCAGAGCUUGCUAACAUAAUCUGACAACAUAUUGGCAGCAGAAAUCGAGCAAAACCUGCUGAUAUAACUGACAGCAGAUUGGCAGCAGAAAUCGAGCAGAGCCUGUUGACAUAACCUGUAGGUAGAUCGGCAGCAGAAAUCAAACAGUAUGUCCGUUACUUUAUAAUCUUAAUUGCCAUUUAAAUGCCAAUUAAAACUUGCAUUAAUAUGUUUCUAUAGAAACAAACGUAAGAACAAAGUUUGCGGCAGUAGAAAUUAUUGAGAACUUAAAUUAUAUCAUUGUCUAAUACUUUUGGCCAAUCCUGUAUACAUACAUAUAUUUCUAAUAUAUUAGGGAUUGUAAGGAAAUAAAAUUAUUAUUAAUUGUCAAUACAUUUUUAAUAAGAGUUUAAUUGUUCUCUCGCCGAUAUACAUUGUAUUGAAAGAUUAAGUACUUUAUUGUAUUGAGCUACCGCGCGAUAACGAUAAAUUUGAAAUGACAGAAAUGAUGCCUAAACUCUUAUUAAAAAUGUAUUGACAAUUAUAAUAAUUUUAUUUCCUUACGAUCCCUAAUUAUAUAAAAAUAUAUGUAUGAUACAGGCUUAGCCAAAAGUAUUAGGCAGCUAUAUUUUUAUAAUUUAUCUGAAGUUCUUUUAUCUAUAUUAUUUC